UAGGCGGGAGUGGCUGCUGCGAAGCGGGCGCGCGUCUCCCGCGGCCGGACCCUGCGAGGGCGCGCCUGCCCCGCCCACCCUCUGGCCGUCCUCGCCCGCGUCCCGUUCCGUUAUCGCGUCUCCAGCCAGCAGCACAAGGACAGGCCACUCUUUCCUUCCUGGCAUGGAGCGUCAGUCACGUGCUGGGAAAAUGGGGAGUUCCUGGGCAAGCAGAGCCUGGGAGGGGGGCGCCAGUAGCCCCAGGCUUCCUGCAGCUCAGGCUGCAGACCCUUAGUCCAGGCGGCUUCCAGGGAGCUGAGAGAGAUGGAGAAGCCUGCAGGCAGAAGAAAGAAGACACAGACCCCAAGGGAGGAGGCAGACGUGCAGAAGGACGCUCUCACAGAAGAGCGAGCCUCUGGGGGAAGGAAGCCAAACAAGAGAUCUGCUGUGGCCAGAAGACACGGUAAGGGGCCCAGCCUGAGUCCGGAAGAUGAAGAACACAUCUUUGACGCCUUCGAUGCUUCCUUUAAAGAUGACUUUGAGGGAGUCCCCGUGUUCAUUCCUUUUCAGAGGAAGAAACCUUAUGAAUGUAGCGAAUGUGGGCGAAUCUUUAAGCACAAGACAGAUCACAUCCGCCAUCAGAGAGUGCACACCGGAGAGAAGCCCUUUAAGUGUGAUCAGUGCGGGAAGACCUUCCGGCAUAGUUCCGAUGUCACUAAACAUCAGAGAAUUCAUACUGGAGAGAAGCCCUUCAAAUGCGGGGAGUGCGGGAAAGCCUUUAACUGCGGCUCCAAUCUCCUGAAACACCAGAAGACGCACACUGGAGAGAAGCCUUAUGAAUGUAAGGAAUGUGGGAAAGCCUUUGCCUACAGCUCCUGUCUCAUUCGUCAUCGGAAGCGCCACCCGCGGAAGAAGCCCUGAGCACAGGGAAGCUGUGACUGGAGUCUGUGCCACGCACUCCUCCUCUUUCUGCUUCUGGUCGAGGCGAGGCCUGGGGCCGUGUGCCUCAGGCUGCUCAUCCCAGUUGUGCCCAGGAAAUGAACCCCAUCAGAUACGGAAACGCCAAGCAGGCAAGAGAACUUUCUCACUCCAGAUAAUCUCUUUGGAUCAAGACACUGGAUGGUGUGGAAGCUCCUUGAGGCUCUGUGAAGCUACAGGCCAUUUUUCUGAACUACCUGAUGCCCAUGGAUAGCACCACGGAUAGAUGAGCAUAACAGCUGCCGCCCAUGCUGCCCAAGAACACCCAGCAGGAGAGGCCCCUGGCACUGUGAACCAGCAUCUCCUGUGGCCAUCUCUGCCUGUGGCGUCCACUCUGCUUGAGCCCUUGCAAGGCUCCAGUCUGUAGACUCUCCACCCUCUGGGUCCCCAAGCUAGACAGGAGUGCUCUGCAGCAAGCUCUGGGGAACCAGCUGUCCCCUGGGCUGUACCAGACCCCCAUGGUCCCUGCUAAGCUGGCUUCAGUGACCAUCCUGUGGUUUGUUCUCUGGCUGGAGCACCAGCCCCCAGAACUGGGCCACACCAUGUGUCCUGGCCCAGCUGUCACCCCAGACGGGCGGCCUGACUUACCUGGAGAGACCGCUCAGGACCUGGGCUCCUCAGGGCCUUGAACCUCCCACCAUGGAGACUUCGUCCCCAGCCACGCAGUGGGGCUCCCAGGAGAUGACAGCAGCUUCCAUCCAACCUGUGUCUGCCACUCGGCCUCUGGACACAGGCGGUGGCCCCGGCCCCACAGCCAGCCCUGCAUUCAGGCUGAUAGGAUGGACCCCCAGAUGCAGAAUGACAAAUUGCCAAAGACCUGCCUCCAGGUGUGCCCACAUAGAUGCCUGCAGAGUGCACGGACGCAGGGCCACCUCCGCCUCUCCAGCAGUGGGUAGGCUGUUAGAGCAGAUCACCCCAAAGCAAGAAGUUCCUGAUGAGAUAUUGAUAAAAAGGAAACUUAAAAGUAACAAGAAAGAUUCACCUGUUCCUGAGUUCAGAGGCAGAGCAGAGACCAAGUGGGAAGAGGAAAAGCGCUCUGGGGAGAAGAAAGGUGACUUCGUCCAGAGCAGCAGUCCCCAGCCCAGGACAGCAUCCACAUGCACGAGGCCCGGCUCUCCGCCACCUUGGCCCUGGGAAGGGCUGUUGCUGCAGGCAGGGUGAAACAGGGUAAGCGCAGGGAAGCAUUUUAUCUGAGAGCCCAACAAAAAACUUGAAACAACUGCAGGGAGCUUUCACUUGGUCCCCAACCUGACGGUCACAGUGGGCGACUUUUCCUCAGUCCUUCAGUCCUCACGCGCCAUCAGCGGGGCCAGGGCCGCCGGAGAGCUGUGCUAGCAGGGACAGACCAGAGGCUCCUUCUGCCUUCAGCACGGCCACCCUGGAGGUGGGGGAGUUCUGGGAACGAACUCGAUGUUCAGAACCUUCUGAGAAGUGUAUGGGGGAAAUGUGAGAGCCCCUCAGCCAAGCAUCAGGGCUGUCAUUGCAGGAAAAGGUGAAAGCAAAAACCCAGAAGCUUCGCAGGAGCACAGAGUGUCCUGUCCACACAGCCCUCCUCAACUGCCCUGCCCAGCAUGCACUGCCCACUGGGCCUCGUUCCUGGGGAGAGCACUGACCAGGACAGCUCUGGCUGGGCCUCAGCACAGAGAACCUCCCCGUGUCUCAUCUUUGUCCCCCCACCAGAAGUCCGGGGGACACACCGAGCUCUGGAUGGCAGAGCCCUUCCCUGGGUGGGCCUCCCUUUCCUGUUCCACAUGGAGAGGGAGGGCUGACAGCAACUCAGGCUUGUUGGCUCUGGGCAGGUCCCCCUGCGCUGCUGGGCGCACCUGGGCCUUAUUCCUAGUGACCUCUCAUAUCAGUCCCCAAUUCAGGCACCAAGAUGUGAUUGUUUCUUUCCUGUGAGUGAGCUGAGACACCAGGACAUGCUGUAGAAGACAGGACUGGGGCAUAAGGUUCUGUGGCCUCAGCACCAGGGAAAAAAGCCACAGCCUCUGGGGAGACUCGGACAUUUGCUCUGGAACAAGGACAGGGAGUUGGUGUUGGGGCAUGGCUCUCAGGGAGCCAGGACAGGGUGGAGGCAUCUCCGCGGUCAGCAGAGAACAGCUGAAGCCCAGGGAAGAUGGAGUAGGCUCUGAGUCCUGUCUCAAACAUAUUAUCCCGUGAGCAAGGAGACUGCUCUGGGCACGUCGGCCUGUGCCUUCAAGAGCCUUGUGCUCCUGGAGCUUGGUGUUGCUUUCUCCUGGUUUCCUCCUCAAAUCCAGCCACGUAUUCAGUGCACCAAGGGUGAGUAGAGUGUCCUUACCUUGGCCACAGUUCCCCUGGGAUCUCUGCCUGGGCAUGGUGGCAACUUCCCAGUCCAGCUGGAGAGGACACUGUUGCCCUGCAGUUGUCAUUGGAGAUGGCUCCAGGGAAGGUGGCCACGGGGCCUGAUGAGGGUUCCUGGACAGAAGGACCCCUGAGCUUGGAGCCCCUCAGCCCCCACCUGCCUGUCUGUACCUCAUCUGGCCCUGGUGUCCCAGUGUGGUUUAGGAAGCACUGCACACAUGCCUGUCGGUGCAGCCUCAGCCACUGAGAUUCAGCUGGUGUUUUUGGUGUUCACAACUCUGUCUUUUGUGUGUCUGUUUCUUAGGUUGAACGCUGUCAUACCCAAUUACUCCUCACAUUCCCUCAUGGCAUGUGUGUUAAAUCACACGGCUCGUGUCCUGUGAACGCUCCUGUAACAGCCCGUGGUCUUGGCCUCUUGUGUUGGUGGCAGAUAUUGUCCCUGGUCCAGUAUUUCCCACUGUUAUUUUGUGUUGCCCAGAAAUUUAACUUUCCUACUAGCCAAAGUUGUUGAACUUUUACUUUUAUAUUCUAUCUUUAGUCCUUAGUAAGUAUCCUCUACAUUUGGGAUAAAUAUUCUAUGUUGUUUUUGACCACUUUUUCAGUGGUGUACUUUUUACAUGUUUUUUUCUUCAUUCCGCAUGGAUCACAGUAUUUGUUACAGAAUGCUUCCUUCCCCUGCUUGUCCGUACCUAUUUUCUCAUACAGUAAACAUCUGUUUCUGA